GUAUAAAAAGAGUGUCACUCCCAUCCCAGUUCGUCUUCAAACACCAUCACCUACAAGAUGAACAUGAAACUUCAAGUUGUUCUGUGCUCAGUGUUCUUAGUCUUCGUGCUACCAAACUUUUCAGUUGCUUAUGAUCCUGCUGAGGGCGAGAAGUUCAAAGCUUAUCUGGUUACCGCUAUCGAUACCUUCAAAAUCCUUGAUCAAAAAGCAGAAGUAUUGAAAGAACGCAUCCGAUCAGUAUAUAAAAUUAGCGAUGAUGGUGAUAUUUCAAAAUGUCAAGAGAUCACACAAUUGGCCACUAUUCCAGAUGAAGAAUUGUAUGAAGGCAUGAGUGAAAAUAACAAUGAUGUGCAUAGAUUAACUGACAAAGUUUUUGACAUCUACAUCAAUGCUGAUGCACCGCAAAAUAUGAGACAAGCCUACCUAAUGAUGGGGAGUUAUCCAAGCGCUGCCUUAAUCCCAUUAGAGGACUACAGGACCACAUGCCUUUUGGGAGGCUUUCCAAAACCUCAAAAAUUGAAUUAUGACACAUGUCAAUGCUUUGCUGCCGCUCUCAAAGCGAUUGACAAAGUUCAAGGAUUUCACAAGCUCUUCUUCAGAACGAUGUCAGGAUAUCUACCACACUGUAAGUUAUCAAUUUGACAAUAGAUUUUACACAGACACCUGUUUUCAAUUGUUUGCAACUUUGUAAUGAUUACUGUGAAUCACGAUCACAUCAGAAUGUGUAUGCAAGAAGAGUAGAUGUAUUGACUGUUAUUUCUGUGAGUAAGUAUUGAGCUGGUGGAAUAGAGCUUAGCUGGAGGUUUAGGGAUAAGUUGGACAGGAAAGAUCCAAACAACGUAUCCUGUGCCUAAAAGAGAAAUUCUUCAGUAUCAGGUAUAUAUACACAGGCUUCCAGGAGAUACUGAAAGUAUCUGAACUACACUGAACUGGUACGAAAAUAUACUUGUGUUCCCCUAUCGAAGGAAUUAUUGACUAUGAUUAGGAUUAAGCCUACCUACAAUAACAGAGCACCACAAUGAAUCACCAGUCCAUAUAUGCCUUGCACCAAGUUCCAGGAUGUGUGAUCUUUCUUAGAUGUGAAAUAUGGAAUGACAGAACGUUUAAGAAUAUAGUCACCCUAGUGGACCAAAUAAAGAAGUUGAGCAUGAAAUCAGUGUUUAUUAUUCAGUAUUAACCACAGCAAUUCGAUAUCCUACCCAGAAACUAAAUGAAAUUAGCUGAAUAUAAGGACAGAAUUUUAAUCAGUCAUAUAUGCAUUCGUAGUAUGUUCAGCAAACUGUAAAUUUCAUUCGUCUUAUGUCUUAUUUAAACAAAACUCAACUGUUCAAUGUUUCAAUGAAUAACAUUCGCUUUAUUUAUCCAUUUGUUUGUCUACAACUUAGUGUAAACGGAUUUCCACUGAAUAUUUUAUUUGUAAUAUUGAAUGUAAAAUUAAACUUUUGUAAAAUUGAAAAUAAAUAACACAAUGAAAUGAAA